GAACUGUGGGGGUUUUUCCUCGGUACUUUCUGCUCAUGAGGACUCCGGUGACCGCAGAGGACUCCCGGAGCCGAACCCAACGGGAGCACCGCCGGUGCUGGAUGAGAGUCUGACUCGGCGUUUUCUACCCGGUGACAGAGAGACAAACCGAGCGGCGCAUCCCUCCCAUCUCCCGCAGCCCACCCGGCCAUGGCCCUGGUGACUCUGCAGCGGUCUCCAACCCCCAGUGCAGCAAGCUCCUCCAACAGCAGCGCGGGGGAGGAUUUUGGAAGUGAUGAUGAUAGGAAAAAUAAUCAACGCCUCAGUGAAAGCUUCUUCAUGGUCAAAGGAGCCGCCCUCUUCCUGCAGCAGGGUGGCAACGCACAAGGACCGAAGACUCCCACACACCACAAACAUGCAGGUGAUUUACCUCAACACCUGCAGGUCAUGUUUAAAGCCCUCCGGUCUGAAGAUUGCAUCAAGCUGGCUGUGCGGUUAGAAAGUGUCCGGUCGGACCGGGUGCGUUACAUGGUUGUUAUCUACACCAACGGCCAUCAAGGCACAGAGGAAGAUAUUGUUCUGGGAAUGGAUUUUGCAGACAAGGACAGUAAAAACUGCUCCGUUGGGAUGGUCCUGCCUCUGUGGAGUGAUACCAACAUACAUUUAGAUGGAGAUGGAGGCUUCAGUGUGAACACAGCAGGGCGUUCUCAUGUCUUCAAGCCUGUGUCUGUGCAGGCCAUGUGGUCUGCCCUGCAGGUCCUCCAUAAGGCGUGCGAGGUGUCACGUCGCUACAACUACUUCCCAGGGGGCAUUGCUCUUAUGUGGAUGGCGUUCUAUGAGAGCUGCAUCACCUCGGAGCAAAGCUUUGUCAACGAGUGGAAUGCAAUGACUGACCUGGAGACAACCCGGUCCGAUUCUCCCAACAUGUUUGUCGACCGGCCGACUGAACGAGAACGAACCGAGUGUCUCAUUAAAGGGAAACUUCGACACAUCAUGAUGUUCCAAGACCUGGAGAACAUCACCUCGAAGGAGAUCCGUAACGAGCUGGAGCAGCACAUGAGCUGCAACCUGAAAGAAUAUAAAGAGUUCAUCGACAACGAGAUGUUUCUGAUCCUGGGUCAGAUGGAUAAAGCCACGCUCAUCUUUGACCAUGUUUACUUGGGCUCUGAGUGGAACGCCUCCAACCUUGAAGAACUACAUGACUGCGGUGUUGGUUACAUUCUGAACGUCACCCGAGAGAUCGACAACUUCUUCCCCGGGAUGUUUUCUUACCACAACGUUCGUGUGUACGACGAAGACGCCACUGACCUGCUGGCCCACUGGAACGACACCUACAACUUCAUCGUCAAAGCCAAGAAGAAUAAUUCAAAGUGCCUGGUGCACUGUAAGAUGGGAGUGAGCCGGUCUGCCUCUACAGUCAUUGCCUAUGCGAUGAAGGAGUACGGCUGGUCCCUGGAGAAAGCCUACAACUACGUCAGGCAGAAGAGGAGCAUAGCUCAGCCAAACGCUGGCUUCAUGAGACAGCUGGCAGAGUACGAAGGAAUCCUGGAUGCCAGUAAACAGCGUCACAACAAGCUGUGGAGGCCUGGCGCAGACGAGGAGGGAUCUGAUGAUCUGCAGGCUUGCGGUCACUGCGCCGGUGGGGAGGAGACGCCGGUGCUCAGGGACGAGGAAGGCUGCGGGGCGUCUCCUUGCAGGGGUCUGGUGAUGGAGCCCCUGGACUCUCUUAACUACAACUAUUACUUCAGGCGUUUGUCGGACUCUGCGCUCGACAGCGAGCCGUCCACCCCAGUGCGGGGACCUCCACUUCUAGGUAUGGAGAGGGUUUUCAUUGAAAUUGAAGACGUGGAGAGAGACGCCCUAUUGGAGGACGAGGGCUUCCCCAUGGCCCACUUAGCCCUACCUGGAGAGGGGACGGCAGCUCAGACCUGCGGACGCCUUGACCCCAUGGAGGACAUGAGGCUGAGGCUGGAGUUUAGCACUUUGGAAGAGGAGGAUGAGGAGGAGGCUAAGAAAGAGGAAGCUGAGAUGGCGGCCUUGGCUCAAACGCCUGGAGGUUCAAAUGGGAGGAAAGCGGAGAAGGAGGCUGAGAGGACGGAGGAGAGCCAGCUGGGUUUAGCUAACCUGAACACCAACAACAGCAACCGCCUGGCCGCCAAGCGUAGCUGUCCUGCAGCGUUUGAUGACAGUGCCAGCACAGGAAACCCUUUAAAAGUGAAGCCUUCCUAUCAGUCCUGUAAAGACUGCAUGCGUCUGCCACAAGGGCGGCGCUGCGACCGUCCUGCAGGAGGCCGCUCCCACCGCCUUAACCCCGCCCGCCACUGUUCCGUCCCCACCAUUUGCAUAGACCCUCCUGGGACACAUUUCCCCUCCACCCCAAUGUUCCACUCCCUGUCCACUCCUGCGGUCCUCCAAGCCAACCUGGUUCAGCCGUGCACCACGUGCACCCUCGGUGACACGUCUGCUCCUCAGAACAACCACCAAAAACUUUUCUCGCCCAUGAACUGUGAGGAGUCGCCUCCUGACGGCGGCUCGGCGCAAACGGAGGACAUGGACGAGCCGCAGGAAGUGACAUCAAGUACUGAGGCCGUCAGUGUGACGGGUGCAGACGGGUUGAAUUUUGGUGUUGCAGGAGAACAGGCUGUGACUCAAAUACGAAUGCCCCGACUCGGGAUUAAAUUUGGUGUUGAACUGAAGCUGCCGAGCCUGGCCAUGGAGAGCCAGCUUCCUGUAGGGCCUCUGCCUUAAUUCAGAACCUCUCACGUGGACCCGAUGGAGGAGCUGACGUCACACUGCCUCAAGGACUCUUGACGGCUGAAGAACACUAGACGACCCCCGCUGUGAUGACCUCUACUGUAACAUCCUUUCUUCAUAGCUUCAUUUUAACAAUUU